AUGAUCACCGACGACGAACUUCACCGUCUGGCCGUCUUCCUCGGCUCCUGCGCCAUGAUGAUGAUCGUUCUUUACCACUUCCUCGAGGUCAAUCAGAAAGAAGAUGACGAGGAGGUCGACGUCAAAAACAACAACAGCAACAGCAAGCAACAAUCUACGGGCGCGUCGGCUGGUUCGACUACUACUGCGUGA